CACUAAAAUUCAAGUCAAGAAAGAAAUUUAUUUGGAUGGUUUUGUACGAUUUGGACUUUUUAAUUUUGAUUAGAUUUCAACUUACAUUGGAUUUCCUUUGUUUUCAAUUGUAUGUGAAGAAACAAAAAUAACAAUAGUCAUCAUGUUAAAACCUAAAGCAUUGACUCAAGUACUGAGCCAAGCGAACACCGGAGGCGUCGAAAAUACAUUGCUGCUGAAUCAUCAAGGAGCACUAUUGGCCUACUCUGGCUAUAACGACAAGGAUGCAAGGGUGACUGCAGCAAUAGCUAGUAACAUUUGGUCUGCAUAUGAAAAGCAUGGCAGGAAUGUGUUCAAAGAAGACAGACUCCAUGUGAUAUUUGUUGACUGUGCAAAUGGAAAAAUUGCAAUAACACAAGUUGCUAACUUGUUAUUGUGCCUUUAUGCCAAAGAGACUGUUGGAUUUGGAAUGUUAAAAGAAAAAAUCAAUGCAUUAGCUCAAUAUUUAGAAGGACCUCUGAAGCAAGUUGCAAGUUCAUAAUAGUUUUGUGGUGUAAUAUUGAGUUCUACAAUAGUGUAAGAUUUGUAUGCAUAUUGCCUCUCUCUGGUGGAUUUGAAGCUGGUGCAAAUUAAAUAUAUAUUUGCCUGAGUGGUAAGAUUUAUAACAGUUAUGGGCAGUUUUUU